GUUAUCCCUCGAACGGUAUAUUCUGUUCAAGCCUGAACCCAAAAGAAGGGGAAGAAAGAAGAAGAAGAAGAAGAAGAAGAAGGGGAAGGAGAAGAGGACGACGCCACGACUAUUAGCCAUGAAGACGACGAAGGGAGGGAAGGUCAUGAAUCCUACCGAUGCGUACCGGAAGGAGCUUCGGAGGAAAGAAUUGAAGAGGAAUAAGAAGGAACGGAAAAAAGUGCGUGAGGUUGGCAUACUUAAGAAGGACCCUGAGACCAUAAAAGAGCAAAUUGAGAAGCUAGAAAUGAUGAAGGCUGACGGAGCACUUGACAAGGCAAGAAAGCACAAGAAAAGACAACUUGAAGAUACUCUCAAGCUUGUUAUGAAAAAGAGAAAGGAGUAUGAAGAAAAAAUGCGUGACAAAGGGGAGGCACCAGUUAUGUUCAGUCACUUAGGUCUCCCUCGGAGGCGAGCAUCCGCUGAAGAGGAAAGGGCAACUCAUCCAAAGCCAGAGGACUCUGUCUAUUACCACCCAACUCUUAACCCCACUGGUGCUCCACCACCUGGAACCCCAAUGUAUAAAUCAUCAAUAGGUCCAAGGAUCCCCUUGUCAGGGGCAAGUACAUCAGCAUCGACAUCAAAUUCUAACUUGGAAGAUCCAGAUUUGGAGGUUCCACCUGUUCCACCCCCGCCACCACCUCCAUUUUCAAAUCCUAGUGAAGCAGUUCCUACUGAAGAUGCUUCUCUUCCUGCUUCAUUGCCUUUACCUCCACCUCCCCCAGUUCCACCAAAGCCAGGCGGUGAUGCAGGUCCAGCAUUGCCUCCACCACCACCUCCACCACCAGGGCCCCCACCCAAAGAGCCGCUUCCUGUUCGUACCAUGCUACCUCCACCUCCACCACCUAGGCCUGCACAGCCACCUCCUCCAGGAACUGUUGAAAGCAUCAGGGAGAAAGAUCAAAUGGCCCUAUCAGAUGGCCAAAGUGAGAAUGAGCCUGAUCGGGCUGUAGCCAUACUUCCACCCCCUCCACCUCCUCCACCACCUGGAUUGCCACCCACACUCACAAAGCUCCAAUCUGGAAGUACAAAUUCUGGUCCUGAAACCAACGUUAGUGGAGUGAAAGAUGCUUCUAGGAAGCUUCCACCACCACCUCCACCACAUCCUCUACCCCAUCCCAUGCAAGCUGAUGUUUUGCCACCUGGCGUAUCUCGCUUCCCUCCACCUCCUCCACCAACGGAGUUGCGGCCGACGCUGCCUUCUUCUCUAGCUAUUCGACCUGUGGUUCCUGGAAUGAUGCCACCUGGGCCACCACCUCCUUUUGGCCAGAUGCCUUAUGCUCCACCCACUAUGUUGAGACCACCACUUAUGGUUCCAGGACCACCUCCUCUUCAUGAAGACGAUCAUUCUGCUGUCAAAUCUGUUCCUCAGAAACCAUCUUACGUUAAAUCUGCAGUGUCCACUGUUGUGAAGAGGCCUCUUGCACAACAUACUCCUGAACUAACAGCCAUGGUUCCAGCUUCUGUCAGAGUGAGGAGGGAGAGCGUCCAGAAGCCUAAACCAAAAGGUACGAGUGUUUCAGCGACCCCAAGCCCAUUGUUGGCACCAACAAAGGCGGAGUCGUCCAUCCAAGUCCAAUCCAGCAAAGCUGGGCCCAAAGUGCAGAGCAUUGAUGAUUCUUACAUGGCAUUCCUAGAAGACAUGAAGGCACUGGGCGCACUUGACAGUUAGGUACUUCAAGUGAGACAAGUACGUGCCAUAAUCUUUUCACUUUAGAGGGUACCCGUGGAAUUUGGUUGGUAGCCUCGUGCUUACCUUUGCAAAGGUGGUUCAAACCUGCCCAGGCAUUUUGUAUCCAGGGUAAAGGAUGUUGUUACUGGUAUAUUCUUCAUUUAGCGAUUUAGAUUUAUGAAUUCCACUGCAGAAGUGUCUGAUGAGAAAUAUUAAAGGCAGGAACUGGUAAAUAAUUUUAGGAUAA